CAGCGAAAAAAUCACCAUCAUCGACUUUAGCGAUGACGUCUUUAGGUGGAACUGGUAGUAUUCCCACAAUUUCAGCGUCCGUUUCAUCGUCAUCACUGUCGACAACCAACAAUGCCCUCAACUCGUCAACGAAACAGCAGCAACAGCAGACCACCAAGCAGAUUGUCCAGCAAAAAUUCAAAGAAAACGAAAAUGUUUUAUCGAUCUUCAAUGCAUAUCAAAUUGUUGGUCAUGAUCAUACCAGCCGUAUCCUCUGCUUGGUGGUUUCACUUUCGGGUGGAACCUAUGCCGUUUUCUCCAUGACUGCAUCACAUCUACCACCACGCACAUGCUCUGAUCUGACCAUAGAAAAAGCAUUUCCCUUAAAUGAUUCAUUUUAUAUUGGCAAUGACAAAAAAGGUUCCAUAUCUCAACUUCAAUUUACCAUUAAGUGUUCCGAUGAACAGGCUGUUAAGUAUUUCUACUGUCCUCUUGUGUCUGAUGAGGAAGGGGUUGAUUUUGAUACAUUUCAAGCCCAAGUGCUAUCGGCAAAAAUGUCCAUGGUACAUACACCAGCAUUGCAAAAUGAAACAAAUUCAUUGAGUUUUGCCUGGGUCAAUGAUUAUCGGCAAAUUGGAGAAGUAAAGCAGGAAAUGAAGCGAAGAGAAAAUGAAUAUAUCAAAUACAAAGAUUUUACCAUCUAUUGCGCCACAUACAAUGUGAACAACAAGUCCUAUUGCGAUUCACCUUUGCAUUUGUGGUUGGCUGCCUCGGAGGCACCACCGGAUAUCUAUGCCAUAGCGUUGCAAGAAUUGGAUACAUCAGCCAAGGCGGUGACCUUUAGUGAAAAUCGUCCAGAUUAUCUAUGGAUCAACAAAAUGUUGGCCAGUGUUCAUGACAAGGGUGAAUAUGAAGAAUUGACUUCAGUCCGUUUGGUAGGCAUGAUGUUGACCGUGAUUGUUAAACGUCAAAUUCGUUCAUCGAUCACUCGACAUAGUGUGAAGUCCAUAGCUCGUGGAAUUUUAAAUACUCUGGGAAAUAAGGGUGGUGUGGCUGUGAGUCUACAAUUGAAUGAGGCAAAUUUGUGUUUUGUUAAUUCACAUUUGGCAGCGCACAUGGGUUUUGUUGAAGCCCGUAAUGAAGAUUUCCAUGGCAUCGUUAAGGGUCUGGUAUUCGAUGAUGAUUUAAGGAGGACAAUCAAUGAUCAUGAUCACAUAUUUUGGAUUGGUGAUCUUAAUUAUCGCAUAGAAGAACCCCCUGGAUUGCAGUUGCCUAUGUCAGGCUCUGAGGAGGACACAGCAGAAUUACUUCUAAAGUUCGAUCAAUUGCGUCAGCAAAUGCGCAUGGGCAACUGCUUCGAAGGUUACACCGAAGGACCCAUUAAAUUCCGUCCCACUUAUAAAUAUGAUCCUGGUACAGAUAACUAUGACAGCAGUGAAAAGCAACGUCAGCCCGCAUACUGUGAUCGCAUACUAUGGAAAGGUUCACGCAUACAGCAGCUGCAAUACAAUAGUGUUAUGGAUAUACGACAAAGUGAUCAUAAGCCCGUCUAUGCUGUCUUCAAGGUGAACAUAAAAACCAGAGAUGAUCAUUUGUAUAAGAAAAUACACGAAGAAGUUCUUAAACUUUUGGAUAAGCGAGAGAAUGAAAGUCAGCCUCAGAUAAACGUCGAAAAGACCAUCAUUGAUUUUGGUGUGGUGCGUUUUAAUGAGACUGUGGCUAGUGAUUUUACUGUAUCGAAUGCUUGUGCCAUGCCUGUUAGUUUUGAGUUUAAACGUAAGGAUGCUCCUCUAAAUGAUAUUUGUGAAAAAUGGCUGAGAGUAGAGCCCUCAUCGGAACAUUUAAUGAUAGAUUCCACAAAAAGCAUACGGGUGAAAUUAAUGGCUAAUGCUGAUUCCAUAACUGGACUUUUGCAGAAAAUACGCACCACAAAUUGGAAAUUUGACUUUGAUAUUCUAAUAUUGCAAGUUAAGAAUGGUCCACAUAUCUUUAUAACCGUAACGGGAGAGUAUAAGCCAAGUUGUUUUGGUUUAUCCAUGGAAACACUGUGUCGCACCAAUCGUCCUUUGUGUGAAUAUGAUCAGCAACAAGUUAAAGAAUUGAUGAAUGAUGAGUCUCCCGAGUUUCGUGUCACCAUGCCGCGAGAAUUCUUUUUACUUAUUGACUAUUUACACAAACAGGGACCAAAUGUGGAGGGGGCAUUUUCCCUCAAUUCAUUGGAAUUCAGUCAUGCUAAAAAUAUAGAAUUUAAUUCAAUCAGAGAUUGGUUGGAUACAUGGUCAAAUAGUGAUUUUCCCGGCACACCACAUGCUGCGGCUGAAGCUUUACUUAUGCUACUCAAUUUACCCGAGAAGCCAUUAUUGGAUCCUCAUGUAGAGGAACUACUGAAAACCAAUACUACAGCAGAAGCCAUGGAACUAGUCUCCCUGCUUAGUUCACCAAAGCGUAAUGUCUUUGUGCAUUUGUGUAUGUUCCUACGUGAAGGCAUCGAACGCAAAUACUACAAUGCCAUGCAUGUGGCAACCAUAUUUGGACGUGUACUGCUGCGAAGCACUAAAAAAACCGAUGAUUAUUAUCGUGAUACACAUUGUCGAGAAUUUAUGCUGCGCUUUAUAAAUGCUGGCGAAAUGGCAACAUUAUCCUCGUCAGCGGCGGCAGCAACAGGAAGCCAUCAGCAUCAUCAUCAUCACCAGCAUGCAUCCGCUCAACAACCAGUGGCUAAAAUGACUGCCUCCGCAUCUAAUACCAGCUUAUCGGGUGGCAACGUAGUAUAAAUGACUUAAUUCGCAUAUUUCCUUGGUUUCUUACUAUGCUAACAGGAUUUUAGCAUUUUCUGUUUCUUAUACUAGUGGAUGUAGUAAGGAAGUGAGAG